AGUUGUGAUCCAAUCCACGUUCUCAGUCUCCAUCUCUUCCAGCUCUACAGGUUCAGAGUCUUCAUCCCUGUAUCUUUGAGGAGGAACAGAAACUCUCUUGGCACGAUCCAUGGUGAAAAAACUUCCAGGAAUCCACAGCAGCAAAAAGGAAGUGGAUUCCCUGCACAGCAUGUAAAGGGCACCGUCUAUCAUCACUGCACAAUGUGGACUUAUAUACUAAUCUUGAUUCCAGCCAUGUUCAUGUCUAUAACUGCCUUCUCCCCCAAACAUUCCCCUUCUAAGGGUCGGUAUAAGGCAUCUGUCUUCUCUGAUUUGUCUCCUGGUGAGAUGAAAUCUGUCCAGAACUUUCUAGUGGAACAAGAGAACUUAAGACUGACCUCUGCACGGAAACAAUUUGCCAAAAAUUCAAUCUUUAUGAUUGAACUUUAUAUGCCCAAAAAAUAUCAUGUGAUAAACUUUCUGGAUAAAAAUGGACCUAAACCUCCAAGAGAGGCGAAAGUUGUGAUCUUCUUUGGGGAUCAACCCCACCCUAAUAUUACUGAAUAUAUUGUAGGGCCUCUACCGUAUCCAUAUUAUUACAAGACAUACAAUUAUAGAGGAAAUAAGACAAUUAAAUUUGAGGCAAGGCCAAUGACUUUCAAAGAGUAUGAUAAUAUUUACCGCAAGCUAGGGGAGAUACUAAAAGAUGCUGACCAUAUUUUCGUAGAGACAUCUGGGUUUUCAUUUAGCAAUUGCACAAAUCGCUGCCUUGCUUUCACUGACAUUGCUCCACGAGGCCUUAAGUCUGGGGAGCGUAGGUCAUGGCUAAUUCUACAACGUUUUGUGGAAGGAUUCUUCAUCAAUCCAAUUGGCUUUGAACUCUUACUCAAUCACCGCUCUACAAAUCCCAAGGAGUGGACAGUAGAAAAGCUCUGGUACAAUGGACAGUAUUUUGACAGUGUGGAAGAGCUGGUUAGGAAGUAUGCAAGGAAUGAACUUGCAAAACUUCGUUUGCCAGAAUACAAUGAAAACGAACAUUAUUCAUCCUUUAGGCCUCGUGGAGAAUAUAAAACUAGGUCAGACAUUCAUGGGCCAAAGGUGUGUGAGCCUCAAGGAAAACGUUACAGAGUUUUGGGUAACUAUGUGGAAUAUGCAGGUUGGAGCUUUGCCUAUCGUGUCCGCACCUCCAGUGGCUUGCAGCUGUAUGACAUUCAGUAUAACAAUGAAAGGAUAGCAUAUGAGGUGAGCAUCCAGGAGGCGAUUGCUUUUUAUAGUGGUGUCAGCCCUGCUGGUAUGCAGACUAAAUAUAUUGACUCAGGUUGGGGAAUGGGGUCUGUUGACUUUGAGCUGGCCAAAGGAAUCGAUUGCCCAGAUACAGCCACUUACCAAGAUGUUUAUCACUUCUACGAUGCUGAUAAACCAGUUCACUACAAAAAUGCAUUAUGUAUUUUUGAGCUGCCAACUGGGUUAGCCUUAAGGAGACAUUUUGAUAGCGAUACAAAUGGUGGGUACAAUUUCUUUGCUGGUGUGGAAAACCAUGUCCUGGUAGUAAGGACAACCUCAACAGUUUACAACUAUGACUACAUAUGGGACUUCAUAUUCUACCAGAAUGGUGUCAUUGAGGUUAAGGUUCAUGCUACAGGUUAUAUCCACUCCACAUUCUUCACACCAGAUGGUCUUCUCUAUGGUAGCAAAGUCCAAAACAAUGUACUGGGGAACCUGCAUACCCACUUGAUUCACUAUAAAGUUGACCUGGACAUUGCAGGUUCAGAAAACAGUUUUGAAACUGUGAACUUAAAAUUUGAAAACAUCUCCAAUCCAUGGAGUCCAGGGCACUCGAUCAUCCAGUCAAGGAUGGAUACCAAAAGGAUAGACAGUGAGAAGCAAGCAGCCUUCAAGUUUGGGACUCCUCUUCCUAAGUAUCUAAUGUUCAACAAUCCCAAUAAGAAAAACAAGUGGGGGCAUAAUAAAAGCUACCGUAUCCAGUACAACUCUCACGGUGACCGUGUACUGCCCAGGCACUGGAAGGAAGAGAAGGGUAUUUCCUGGUCCAGAUACAGUCUCGCAGUGACACGACACAGUGACUCCGAGGUGACCAGCAGCAGCCUAUAUGCCCAGAAUGAUCCCUGGGAUCCACUUAUUUAUUUUGAGAGCUUUAUUCGCAACAAUGAGAACAUUGUAAACCAGGAUCUCGUAGCCUGGGUGACUGUGGGCUUCCUACACAUCCCACAUGCUGAAGACAUCCCUAAUACAGCUACUCCUGGAAAUGCUGUGGGCUUUUUUCUGCGUCCUUUCAACUUCUUUGAUGAGGACCCAUCGGUGGCAACAAAAAGCACAAUUAUUGUGAGGCCCACAGAUGGAACCUUCAACAAGGUGAACAUUGAGCGCUGGACUCCUGAGGCUUUCAGCCAUUGUGUUUCUGACAAACCCUUCCGCUAUAAUGGGACUUACUUUUAUGACUGAGAUAUCAUGACCCAGGGAAACUUUCCCAAGCUGUGAAACUGAGAACUAUCAUCCCAGCUCAUCUGCUGCAAGGAUCUGCAGACAAUCUUGUGUUUUCGGGGAAAUGCUAAAAAAAAAUUAACACGGUAAGAGUGAUUUGCCAGAGUAAAGCUGAUAACAUUGUACUGAUGUGUAACAUGCCUUAUUAUUAAAGCUGAAACUUUAUGGUUUACAAAAUGACCUUACAUGAGAAUUGCACCAUGGCUAUUAAUAUUCUUACUGUGAGACAGAUCUCCUACUGAAGAGGCAUAAGCUGUCAUUUACUUAUCUUUCCUAUUUUUUAUCACUGGUUGACUUCAUCCUUGCAUUGGAGUGAGCAACUUUCAUUUUUAAGAUGCACCUCUCUUUUUAUUAAUAACUGAAAAACUAAAUAAA